GAUGAUUUGAAUGGACGCGCGCCUGUUCAAAACAAACGCACGAAUGAAUCGAUUCCCUGUCGGAAAUGACUCCCAACAGCAACUUCGUCUUGUGUAGUUCAGUUUGGAAAAGAAGAAACGGGGCUGUAAGAAAGUAGUUUAAUCCGAUUAAAAGGCUAAAAGUGUGUUCGCGGGAUAGUUUGGCGCUCUUGCAGCGCAGAUGUGCGCGAUCUGAGGCGAUCUUUGAGACGGUCUGCGGGCGCAGGAGUCCAAUCAAUGCUCAGCAUACACUGAAGCAGGCCCAGAUCCAGCACAAACUUUACAGGCGUUACUGUGUGUCGUGUCGAGUGUGAGUAAGAUGUCUCUGGAGGAGUACGAGCGGCAUUACGGCUCUCUAAACUCAGAGUCGGGAUGUGAAUCAGUCAGUGGAAGAUCAUCGACAUCGGGAACUUUCGGCGGAGAAGAGGAGAAACUGCAUUACAUUCCCAUUCGAGUGCUGGGAAAGGGCUCUUUCGGAGAAGCGACUCUGUACAGACGCACUGAGGAUAACUCUCUGGUGGUGUGGAAGGAGAUCGACCUGAACUGCCUGUCGGAUAAGAAGCGCAGAGAUGUGAUGAACGAGAUCAGCAUCCUGUCCAUCCUGCAGCACAACAAUAUCAUCGCCUACUUCAACCACUUCAUGGACAAGAACACGCUGCUGAUCGAGCUGGAGUACUGCAACGGUGGAAACCUCUAUGACAAGAUCAACCAGCAGAAGGGAGUGCUCUUCAAGGAGGAGGUGGUGGUGUGGUACUUGUAUCAGAUCGCCGCUGCUGUCGCUCACAUCCAUAAAGCCGGCGUCCUGCACAGGGACAUCAAAACGCUGAACAUCUUCCUCACCAAAACCAACCUGAUCAAGCUGGGGGACUAUGGCUUGGCCAAGAAGCUGGACUCAGAGUAUUCAAUGGCUGAAACCUGUGUCGGUACUCCGUACUACAUGUCUCCUGAACUGUGUCAAGGAGUGAAGUACAACUUCAAAUCGGACAUCUGGGCCAUGGGCUGUGUCUUAUUUGAGCUGCUGACCCUCACCAGGACCUUUGAUGCCACAAAUCCUCUGAACCUGUGUGUGAAGAUCGUCCAGGGCAACUGGACCAUGGAGAUCAACUCAGACAUUUACACGUCGGCCCUCAUCAAGCUGGUGUACGAGUGUUUAGAUCAGGACCCUGAGAAAAGACCGACGGCGGAGCAGAUUCUAGAGCAGCCCGUCAUCUCUCGCGUGAGAGCAGAGCUGGAGGAGAGGGUGGCGACGCUUAAUUCGGCCAUCAAGAAACCCAAGUUGAGUACGGUGACGGAGACGCCGGUGGCGGUGGUGACGACGCGCUCGCGGGAGGUGUAUUUCUGGGGCGGAGGGAAGUUCACUCCUCAGAAGCUGGACAUGUUUAAGGGCGGCAGCAGCGCUCAGCACGUCUGCGCUGGAGAAACGCACUUCGCUGUGGUGACCGUCGAGAAGGAGCUGUACACCUGGGCCAGCGUUCAGGGAGGAGCCAAGAUGGUGGGUCAGCUGGGUCACGGCGACCAGGCCUCGUACCGACAGCCACGGAGAGUGGAGCGCCUGCAGGGCAAAGCCAUCAGACAGGUGGCCUGCGGCGCCGACUUCACCGCCUGCAUCACCGAUGAGGAUCAGAUGUACAUGUUUGGCUCUGAUUACUACGGCUGCGUGGGUGUGGAGAACACGCUGGGCAUGGAGGUGCUGGAGCCGGUUCUGCUGGAGUUCUUCCAGGAGCGUCCGGUCCGACAGGUGUCCUGCGGGGACAAUCACGUGGUGGCGCUGACCCGCAGCGGGGACAUCUACUCCUGGGGCUGCGGAGAGCACGGUCGACUUGGGGUGGACUGUGAGGACGAUUUCUCCUCUCCAAUGCAAGUGGAGGUUCCUAAGGGUGCCGUCAUUGAUGCCGUGUACUGCGGGAGCGACGGCACCUUCUUCCUCACUGAGUCUGGAAAGGUCUUAGCCUGCGGGAACAAUGAGCUCAACAAACUCGGUCUGAAUCAAGGCAUCACUGGAAUCAAAAAUCACCCGGGGGAAGGUUAUCAGGGGAUCCCGUACACCACCACCCUCACGCUGGUCAAGCUGCUCUCACGCUUUAAGAUCCAGUUCAUCGCUCCGGGAAAGACGCACACGGCCGCUAUAGACGAGCGCGGCCGUCUGAUGACCUUCGGCUGUAAUAAAUUCGGGCAGCUCGGAGUGAAGGACUUCAAGAAGCACCAGGGUGUUCAAAUCCUCGUGGGGCCCUUCGGAGGGAAGGUCGUCACCAAGGUGUCUUGUGGAGACGGUUUCACUAUCGCCGCCACAGAGGACAAUCAGAUCUUCGCGUGGGGGAAUGCGGGUAAUGGGCGCCUGGGAAUGCCUGCUGAUAAAGGCUUCGGCUCUGAGGUCUGUCCGGCUCUUCCGAGGCCCAUCUUCGGUUCCUUGCAUCACGUGCCUGAUCUGUCCUGCAGAGGCUGGCACACCAUCCUCAUCAUGGAAAAAGUCCUGAACUCCAAAACGAUCCGUUCAAACAGCAGUGGCCUGUCUAUUGGUAGUGGUCAGUGCUCGACGUCUUCCAUGGAUCUGGAGACGGACUCGGCCACAGACUCUGAGAUGCGUGAGGGGAUGCUGGGAGGAACCGUAGAGGCCGAUAUGGACGACAGAGGUCUGGAGACGCCCAUCUUCUCCAUGGACAGCAAGACCAAUGAGAGCUCCUGCCCCUCAUGGCUGCGCAAGGAGCUGCUGGAUGCUGAGUUCAUCCCUAUGCCGGAUGAUUCCCAAGACUCCAUGGACCCGCUGACGACGUCCUACACCGAGAGCGCCACGCUGCCGUACGAGGAACUGGACCACCUCAAAGCCGCCGCCGCUGCCACCACCGCCACCACGGAAAAGAGUCUUAUGCCGACUGCAUGUGUGGAUUACGAGCGGAUGAACGGCGUGGAGACGGGACGCUCUGAGCAGAGCUGCUGUGGCGCGAGCAUCGAGCUGGCACACCUUAGAGAAACCGUGAACCGACAGGAAGCCCAAAUUCAGCUGUUACAAAAACAGUUCAACGAUCAGCUGAAGGAGAACGAGAGACUGUGGAGAGCCAUUCAGAGCCUCAGAGGAGAUGCUGGACUUCAAGACAUCAGUCAAAACCACCAUUCAGCCCAUCAGGAGGAGUGAGAGAUCAGUCAGACAAACCUUAAAAGGACGCUUGAGUUGUUAGUGCUUACGGUGAGUGUGUUCAGAGCUAAAUCCAGCCAGAUUGAGGGGUUUCGCCAAAAUCAUUAGUGCCUUUUCAUAAGCAAAGACUGUACGAGUUCUUUCAUGCUGCUAAUGUCAAGCCAAAGCGCUCCGUGUCUUUUAGUGCCGUGCGAAUGUGUGAGCGGCACCGAGCAAGUGUUUUAUCUGGGAACAACAUGUUAGCGGUUUAAUCAUGAGACAAUCCCUCCACCAUGAAUGUAAGAAAAGUGUCAUAAACAGUUUGCUUCCCUCCAAAUGGGUUUAAUGCUUUCAUAUUUAACACAAUAUUGUUUUCACAUGCUGUUUUAUAAUGAGACGAGAUUGUUAAGCUUAAAGUGCCUCUAUAUUAGUUUUUCCUUAGUGUAUCAGUGUUAAUGUCAUUUGUACAGUGUUUCGCGAUGGCAAUCUGUUAUUCUCACAGGUUUUAUCUUUCCUGUGCAAGCAGCUCUAGUGCAACUGGUGUGUUUCAAUCAAAGAUUCUUAUAAAGCUACUUUACGUAUGAAUGUGAAGCCAAAACACGGUUUGUUUGGGUCACGGGACAGGACUGAGACGUUACUGUUCUCUGCUCUACUCUUCUGUAUGAUGUCUGCUGAGAUGUGCAACUAAAGUCCACGUGUUGAGUGACAGCUUUGCAGAAAUUUCACAUUUAUAUCAGAGUAAGUUUGUUGUGCGUACACAUGAUGUCAAAACUACUGAAUUUCUUGUAUUUUCAUUUCUUUAGCAUCCUUGCCUCUUAUAUUGUCAAAUGUUAGGUAACGACACCAAGUUUAUGCAAAUCUGUGGAGCGAAGGUAAAGCGCAGUACUUACACAUUGAGUUGUGACUGAAAGUGGGUCUUCGAGACUCGCUUAAGAUCAGAGAAAACCAGUGUUUUCAGAGAUCAGCUCCAGUGUUGCUGCCUCUGUAUUGCAUUGACAUUUGCAUGUUUUUUAAAGUAAGUGCAACCAAAUAUGUUUUUUGUUGUUUGUGUGUUUUAUUUAGAGUUUGUUUUAUAUUUUCCUUUGUUUUCUCCUUUUUCUAUACUCUGAAACGGCGUCAUAUAAUUGUGACUUGCUCUUGAGGUGUUCUUCUGCUUCAUACACCCAUAUCAGACACUGACUGAUGCACAUUUUGAAAUAAAAAACGGUGAGGCUAAAUUUCA